AUGGCAGCCUCUUUGACCCAGCACAGCAGCUACAGCGUUAAGCAGAGAACCUACAGUUCCAGCAGCCUGGGCGGAUGGAAGCAGAGUAGCACGUCCUCUGUUGGCUACACACCCAGUGUGCAUGGCGGAGCUGGAGGUUAUGGGACCCGCAUCUCAAGGUCCAACUCUGUCUUCUCUUUAGGGUCCGUGGGCUCGUAUGGAGAGACUUCUGUAGUCGGAGAUGGGAAGGCAACCAUGCAGGACCUCAACGACCGCCUGGCUGAUUACUUGGCAAAAAUUGCAAGAAGAUUUGCAGAGAACCAGGCCAUCCACGUGCAGCUUGACAAUGCUCAAUUGGCAGCGGAAGACUUUAAAAUGAAAUAUGACAUGGAGAUGAACUUGCAUUUGACCGUGGAGGCUGACGUAUCCCGUCUCCGAGCAGUCCGCGACAGCUUGACUCUUGGCAUCAGUGACUUGGAGCUAAGCAUAGAGGAUCUGAAAGCAGAGCUGGCGCAAAUGAAGGCGAAUCACAAGGAGGAGAUGAGCCAGUUGAGCAUCCAAUGCAGUGGCUCUGUAAAUGUAGAGGUGGACAGUGCACACUCUACAGAUUUGACAAAGGUCCUGGAGGAAAUGAGGGAGCAGUAUGAAACUGUGGUGAGCAAGAACAAGCUGGAAGUCGAGAAAUGGUUCCAGUCGAAGGUGGAAAUUCUCCAGAAGGAAAUCAUUGUUUCCCAAACAGAUGUGAAAACGUUUCACAAAGAGUUGUCCAUUCUGAAGAAGACCUACCAAAGUUUGAUGAUAAGCCGGCAAAGCGCACACACAGAGAUUACAUGCCUACAGGAAAAUUUGGAGGAAGUGAAAAGUCGCUAUAGUCUUCAGCUUCAACAACUGCAGUUCACCAUCUCCACCCUGGAGACUGAGCUGCAGGAGCUGAAGGCCUCUCUUCUGCGGGUGCAAACAGAAUAUAAUGAGCUACUGGACAUCAAGAUGAGGCUGGAAAUGGAGAUUGCUGAAUAUAGGAGGCUGCUGGAAGGAGAGCACUAUGAAAAAAAGGAGGUGGUGGUCAUCAGCAAGGUCGUAGAAGUGGAAGAGCGUAAACCCCACAUUGAAAAACGAGUGAAGACAAUCAUCGAGGAAAUUGUUGAUGGACAGGUGGUCGCCUCCUCUGAGGCCACCCAAGUGGAAACAGUUCAGUAACCUGUGCUCCCCUCACCUGAGCUUCUAAGUUGUUAAAGUGCAUGCUAGUUUCUUCUGGGUAGUUCUCUUUGUUUUCAUCUCAUUAUAAAUCUAAACAUUGCAAAAUGCAGAAAAUGCUCAUCUUUACACAGUGCACGAGCCUUUGGAUAAGUAUGAAACCAAACUAUGAAUAAAAGGCAGAAAAAAAUAA